AGCGUGUCGCGCGCGUACCGACCACUCACAUUCCUGUCGUUUCUACCAUGUCUGCUCAUCCUGACGGCUCGACUCAACACACCCGACGGCGGCAGGCGCACCAAGAUGCAUCUGCAGAGAAAAAGCUACGGCCCGACGCUCUCGCGACCUCGCUAGAGAGCAUCUCAGUGCGGCCUCGAACACCGAAGACCACGCGGAGUCGCCAGUGGGGCGAAGACGGGUCCAUGGACGAGGUUGAGCUAAGCUUGCUGGAUAAGGGCGAACUGCCGCAGGAUGGGACCGGCGCGAAGGAUGUGAAGCGGCCCAUGUCUACGCGGGAUAGACGGUCAAUUACCCUACUCAUUGUAUUAUAUUUAAUCCAAGGGUUUCCUCUGGGCCUUGCACUAGGAUCCCUGCCAUUCCUUCUUAGAGAACACCUGUCAUACUCGCAGCUCGCCACCUUCUCUCUUGCAAGUUAUCCUUAUUCCUUGAAGCUAUUCUGGUCGCCUAUUGUCGAUGCAGUAUUUACUCCCAAACUCGGUCGGCGGAAAUCCUGGAUUAUUCCCAUGCAGCUUCUCGUUGGCUCCAUCAUGACGAUAUUGUCGUUCACCGCCGAUGAGAUGAUGGAAAAACCAGCAGAAUACAUUAACGUACUGACAGCGGCAUUUACCACACUUGUGUUCUUGUCUGCCACCCAGGAUAUUGCGGUAGACGGAUGGGCACUUACGCUCCUGUCCGAAGACAACCUGUCAUACGCAUCCACUUGCCAAACUAUAGGCCUGAACACAGGCUACCUUCUAUCCUACACGGUGUUCCUGGCGCUGAACAGCACGGCGUUUGCGGCAAAAUGGGGCAUACCACGCCUCGAAUUGAGCACAUAUCUGCUCUUCUGCAGUAUGGUAUCAUUCGGCACGACGGUGUGGUUGUUCUUUGAGAAAGAAGACGAAGAUGACGAUGUCGACAUGAGCAUCAAGUCCGUCUAUAAGACAAUGUGGACCAUCUGCAGCCUAAAACAUGUUCAAACACUGCUCACCGUGCAUCUCUUCGCCAAGAUAGCAUUUCAAGCUCACGACGCCGUCACGUCACUCAAGAUGGUCGAGAAGGGCCUUGGGCGUGAGGACAUGGCAAUUGCUGUCCUAAUCGACUUCCCAUUUUCGAUUUUGGGUGGCUUGUUAGCGGGACACUGGUCCCGAGGCGACAAGCCGCUCGAUGCUUGGAUCAACUCCUACUGGCCGCGCCUGGCUCUCACACUCGCUUCAACCUUGACGGUGUACUACUUCCCGACACCACCAAUCUCCACUGCGUUCUUCGUUCUCAUCAUUGUCGAGACUGUCGCUGCCUCAUUCGCCUCCACGAUUCAAUUCGGUGGUAUGGCGGCAUUCCAUACGCGAGUCUCUGACCCAGUCGUCGGUGGUACCUACAUGACACUGUUUGCCACCUUCUCCAACCUCGGCGGAACGUGGCCUAGAUACUUCGUCUUGAAGGGAGUGGACUUCUUCAGUGUCGCUAGCUGUCAAAUCGGAGGCGAUAUUGUAGUCCAAGCCACCGAGUGUGUUUCUGAUCACGGGAAGGCCGCAUGCGCACAGCUGGGUGGUGAAUGUGUGACGGAACAAGACGGAUACUACACCGUAUCUGCGAUCUGUUUGGGUUUGGGUUUGUUGUCUGUGGUAUUCUAUAUGAUCCCUACUGCUCGGAAACUACAAGCUAUUCCUCCCAGCAGAUGGCGCGUCUUCUCCUCAUGAGGCAAUAAUUCACAGUAGUUGGGGAGAGGAAUAUACUGUACUUAUUUUGAUACGGAGUGAAGGGCGGACACAUUCUUUGACUCUGCAGGGAGCGGGCAUUGUAUCCACAUGUAAAGGCUUGUAAAGGUGACCACAGUAGUUCAGCAGCGGUUACCAUGACUAGUUCGAGGACAAAGAGGUUGUUGUGUG